CUGCUCCUGAUGCUGAUUUUUAACGCUCGACGCUGCGCCCUUCUCCUUGAAUAAUUUCUAGCAACAGUGAUACUUUGUUUUUGUUUAUUGACUAAGGCUAGGGGUCGCAACUGAGACUGCCGUUGUUGUUUGCGCAGUUAUUUCGUAUCUAUUUGUUUGUCGUUUGAAAUUAAUUUGUAGCAUCAACUUCAACCCCGUGAUCAGCAAAAUGCCGGAAGAAUACCACGACUUUCUCACCGCUAGGGAUUUACUAAGCAGCGAGCCAAAGCGAAGGCGAAUUGAAGACAACAUCGUCCAGGGGCUCUUUGACAAUAAUUCUGCAGUCGAUCCCAUCGUUGCUUGGCUGGACGGUUCAUGGGAGUCCGACCAAUGCAAGAACGGGCACAGCAGUGGCGAGCUUCUGACUCUGUCGCACGGAUCUGCCAGCUUUCCAGGAGAUGGCUCUCCAGUGGCGAUUAGCGUUGUUGCUGGAAAAGAUAGCGAUAUUCGGGCAAUGGAAAUGAAUGGCUGGCGCGCGAAUGGCGUUCGUAAAGGGUGUCACGCGCUCACAUGGUACAAAGAAAGCGACGUGGACUCACCAAUCCAGUGGAAGAGCAAGAGAGUGCCACCAAGAUCCGUGCAAACUAUGGACAAAAUGAUGGAGGCAUUAACGGAAGAGCAGGAGCAAAUGAAUAAGCAGUACAAGAAACUGAAGAAGUUGGUGCGCGACUUUUGUACCGCAGACACUGCAGCACCUUGCGAAGUUUGUCUCGACCGCCCUGCGGGCGUGGCACUGCUCGGCUGCGGCCACGUGAUGUGCGAAGAGUGUGCAGAAAACUGGAAAGCUUGCUUUACGUGUUGACUGCCAUACGCCGGUAAGCAGAGACUUUUUUCUCGUAAAAAAGCAGUGUUGUAGCAAGUUGGUUCUUCAAAAACGAUCUGCAGGAUUGCAUUCAGAUUCAACACAUGAGUUCUCUUACGAACGUUAGCACGCUCGGUGAUCUCUGAGAAGUCCAUCAAAUUGAACUAGCCAAGCUUCUGAAGAACUAGUACUAGUCUAAUUCGGCUGACCAAGGUUGUAGACCAAAAAGAGCUACUGAACCUGAAGACAUGAUGUUGCGUCAUCAUGCGUAUGUGUAUCGCCACACCCACAUUGACAAUUGGAUCAAAGUCAAGGCCAAUCUAUUAAAGCCAACUUCCAAUACCAAUUCGAUUCCCCCGAUAAUUCUCUGACAAUAUCCCAUGACCAUGUACUAACUACCCCUUCUCAACGAGAAUGAAUCACGACUAUUUUGAAUCCGCCAGAAGAAGUGUACUCGACCACAAACACGCGAAGAGAGACCAGGAAAGAAAGCCAGCAACAGCAUAAAGUGUGAACAAGAUUUGGAGAGUGUGAACGGGAGUAGAAGUCGAC